UCUCUCGACUCUGGUCAAGCUAACCAGCACUCGAAAUGGUAGGCAGUAGCAGAAGCAAGUUUGGUGUAGUACUAGUAGUUCUGGUGUGCUGCCUGGCCCUGCAGGGGUGCAAUGGCGGCGAUGUGGCGGCGUACAACGAGAGCGCGGCGGCUGUGGGGGCGGGGUGGGGCAACGCGAAGGCGACGUGGUACGGGCAGGCGAACGGGGCGGGGCCGGCGGACAACGGCGGCGCGUGCGGGUUCAAGAACGUGAACCAGUACCCGUUCAUGGGGAUGACGUCGUGCGGCAACCAGCCGCUGUACAAGGGCGGCAAGGGCUGCGGCUCCUGCUACAGGGUGAGGUGCAGCCGCCACCCGGCCUGCUCCGGCAACGCCCAGACCAUCGCCAUCACCGACAUGAACUACUUCCCGCUCUCCCAGUACCACUUCGACCUGAGCGGCACCGCGUUCGGGCGCCUCGCCAAGCCCGGCCGCGCCGACGACCUCCGCCGGGCGGGGAUCAUCGACGUGCAGUUCGAGCGGGUGGCGUGCGAGUUCCCGGGCCUCAAGGUGGGCUUCCACGUGGAGGAGGGCUCCAGCCCCGUGUACCUGGCGGUGCUGGUGGAGUACGAGAACGGCGACGGCGACGUGGCGCAGGUGGAGCUGAGGGAGGCCGGGGCCGGGGCCGGGGCGGGGGCGGGGUGGACGGCGAUGAGGGAGUCGUGGGGGUCGGUGUGGCGGCUGGACUCCAACCACCGGCUGCGCGCGCCCUUCUCCAUCCGCAUCCGCAGCGACUCCGGCAAGACGCUGCUGGCUCCCAACGUCAUCCCUCUCAACUGGAGGCCCAACACCUUCUACCGAUCCUUCGUCCAGUACUCCUCCUAGGCCCUGGCCCUAGCCUUACUCCUUAAUCCCCAAUUAUUAUUAUUAUUAUUAUUAUUAUUA